AUGUCAUAUGAUCGUUAUGUGGCCAUCUGCCUCCCACUGCACUAUGAGGUCAUCAUGUGUCCCAGAAAGUGCAUGUGGGCUGUGGCAGCAGUGUGGGUAAGUGGAGGCAUCUCAGGAACUUUGUGCACAGCAACUACAUUCUCUAUCAGAUUCUGCAGGGCCAAAAUAAUCCACCAAUUCUUCUGUGAUAUCCCCCAGUUGCUCAAGCUCUCCUGUUCUAAUGAUUACCUUGGAGUGAUGGGAGCAGUUGUUUUCCUGUCUGCACUGGCUUUUGCCUGCUUCGUUGGGAUUGUCCUCUCUUAUAUUCAGAUAUUCUCCACAGUUUUCAGGAUGCCCUCUGCUGAAGGCAGGUCUAAGGUCUUCUCUACUUGCCUGCCCCACCUUUUUGUUGUCUCUUUGUUUCUUUCCACUGGCUACUGUGUAUAUCUAAACCCAACUUCAGACUUUCCAACUGCUUUAGAUUUCUUGUUCUCUAUCUUUUACACAGUACUACCCCCAACACUCAACCCUUUUAUUUACAGUCUGAGGAAUGAGUCCUUGAAGAGAGCUAUAAGGAAGUUAUUAUUAAGUGAGGAAUUCAUUGGGAAAAAUCAUUUGCGUUCUUUUGUUAGUGGCUGCUGA